UUUGAACAAAUCCCUGGACAUGAAUCUUUGCGUUUAUGUCCUCCUUUUGUUCGUUUGGGCAAACAGUGGUUUAGAUACGAACCGAAGCGAUGGAUCUCCUACUACAGGAGCUAAACACGUCGAAUCAAUGGACACCAAACAGGAGAGCUUGUGGAAACGUCUACUGGUUAUCAUAAUUGUCAUUAUGAUUAUAGUUUUCGUAUUUGCCUGCUUUUGUUUCAUCUAUUACAACUGUUGGGCUGAUGAAACACCCAAGGCAGGAACGCUCAAGAAAGAAGAUGCGCCAGCCCUGGCAGCUAGACCACCAUCCAAAAUGUCAUUCAGCGACUCCAAGACCCCUAGUCCGUGCAGUCUAGAAAAAGAAUCCCUGCUAUCUAGUAUAGACAAGGUAUCUAGUGUCUCAAGUCUAGAAAAGUCCUCCAUACCCUCCAGUGCAGAAAGAUUAAUCAGGCCCUCGAGUCCACAACACCAAAGUCUGUCACCUGGUAUACCAAAGGUAAACAAGCCAUCAAGUCGAGGAAAGAAAAGGCCAUCAUGCUCAGACAAAAAAUUCCAGUCAUCUCACCUGGAAAACUCCUAUAGAUCACGCCACCUAGGAAAGCACUAUCAGCCAGCUCGUGCCCAUAAGCCAGUUGAUCAGGCAGCCUCAUCCGAUCCAAAGAAGGCAGUGAGCCCUCUGUGGCCAGCAGGUGUGCAAUAUGUAGUCACGCCCAUCCCGUCACUUUGUCUACCCCACCCGCAAAAUCACAUCUCCUCACCCAAGCCAUCCACUGUGCAGACGCUAACCAAAUCCCCCAGACAUCAGAAACUCAAAAGGUCGGUUUGUGGGCCUAGGGCAGACAUGUUAUUUAGGCCUGAAUUAAUCAAGGCUUGCCAAUGCUAUAAUGAAAGAUGCCUUGUGUGUCAAAGUUCGGAGCCUUUGGUCAAUAAUGUUUUUGAGGCAAAGAACAGAAAUGCUGAAAACCCACUUUUUACAGGUGAAGUGAAGCAUUUUCCCCAGUCCUUUCAUAAGGCAGAUUACAGAGACAAUGUGAGCAACAGUGAUAUUAUGAUAUAUGACAGUGAUGACAGUGAUAGGGAGGUCACCAUUCUUUUCAACAUGACAGGCGACGAGAUCAUCCCUGAAGGCACCCAAGAUAAUUAAGGACUCAAUACACACAAGAACCACCUGUGAAGAAGCAAACUUACACCAACUAUAUGCUCACUGUCUUUUAAAACACUGAUAGUGGGAAAUCUACUUGCAAUCAUUAUUGAGAUUACUCCUAGCCAUCUUGGAAGCAACUUAUUUAACACACAAUAA